CCCAGGGUUGUGGCCACGCGCAGCAGCAGCGGUUGUUCCGCUUCCCCUCCGGCCCGGGCCGUCGCCAUUGCCGAAGGCUCCUGCCCUCCCCUCCCUGGCCCGCGGGGCUCCGCGCCUCACGGCCUCGGUAGCGACGGCCGCGCCCCGAGCCGCUCCCCUCUGCCCUGCCCUCCUGCCUCUCUGCUGCCCAGCGCAGCGCUCGCCCGCGUCGGCCCGGCAGCCCGCCCCGGGACGGGCGGAGACCUUCCUUCCCUCUCUGUCCAUUAUCAAGGAAAGUCGAGGCAGGAGCUUAACCAUGUGGAAUGCUGCUUGCUUGUUGGCUUGUUCCCCGUGGCUCGAGAAGCUUGCUUUCCCGUGACCCAGGAUCUACCCAGGGAGGAACUGUCACAGUGGGCUGGGCCUCCCACCUUAGUCAUCAGCUAAGGAGCCACCCACAGACCUGCCCACAGGCCAGUCUGAUGGAGGCAGUUCUUCACUUACUUUCCUCUUCCCAGGCCAGAAGAGGGCACCAGAUCUCAUUACAGAUGGUUGGGAGCCACCAUGUGGUUGCUGGGAAUUGAACUCAGGACCUCUGGAAGAGCAGUCAGUGCUCUUAACCUCUGAGCCAUCUCUCCAGCCCCAAAAGGCCAUUUCGUAAUUCUGAAUCAUGUCUGAUAACGGAGAACUAGAAGACAAGCCCCCAGCACCUCCUGUGCGAAUGAGCAGUACCAUUUUUAGCACUGGAGGAAAAGAUCCUUUAUCGGCCAAUCACAGUUUGAAACCUUUGCCUUCUGUUCCAGAGGAAAAAAAACCCAGAAACAAAAUCAUCUCCAUAUUCUCAGGCACAGAAAAAGGAAGUAAAAAGAAAGAAAAAGAACGGCCAGAGAUUUCUCCUCCAUCUGAUUUUGAACACACCAUCCAUGUUGGCUUUGACGCUGUUACUGGCGAGUUCACUGGCAUGCCAGAACAGUGGGCGAGGCUGCUGCAGACCUCCAACAUCACCAAACUAGAGCAGAAGAAGAACCCUCAGGCUGUGCUGGACGUCCUGAAGUUCUACGACUCGAACACUGUGAAGCAGAAGUACCUGAGCUUCACUCCGCCUGAGAAAGAUGGCUUUCCUUCUGGAACACCAGCACUGAAUACCAAGGGAUCAGAAACAUCAGCAGCAGUGACAGAGGAAGACGAUGAUGAUGAAGACGCUGCUCCUCCUGUCAUUGCCCCUCGGCCAGAUCAUACGAAAUCAAUUUACACACGGUCUGUUAUCGACCCUAUUCCUGCUCCAGUUGGUGAUUCUAAUGUUGACAGUGGUGCCAAGUCUUCAGACAAACAGAAAAAGAAAGCCAAGAUGACAGAUGAAGAGAUUAUGGAGAAAUUAAGAACUAUUGUGAGCAUAGGUGAUCCUAAGAAAAAAUACACAAGAUAUGAAAAAAUUGGACAAGGGGCUUCUGGCACCGUUUUUACUGCGACUGAUGUGGCACUGGGACAAGAGGUUGCUAUUAAGCAGAUUAAUUUACAGAAACAACCAAAGAAGGAAUUGAUCAUUAAUGAAAUUCUGGUGAUGAAAGAAUUAAAGAAUCCCAACAUAGUUAACUUCUUGGACAGUUACCUGGUAGGAGAUGAGUUGUUUGUGGUAAUGGAGUACCUUGCUGGUGGGUCCCUCACUGAUGUUGUAACAGAAACCUGCAUGGACGAAGCACAGAUUGCAGCUGUGUGCAGAGAGUGUUUACAGGCCUUGGAGUUUUUACAUGCUAAUCAAGUGAUCCACAGAGACAUCAAAAGUGACAACGUGCUCUUGGGAAUGGAAGGCUCAGUUAAACUUACUGACUUUGGCUUCUGUGCCCAGAUCACCCCUGAGCAGAGCAAACGCAGUACUAUGGUUGGAACGCCAUACUGGAUGGCACCAGAGGUGGUUACACGGAAAGCCUAUGGCCCCAAAGUUGACAUAUGGUCUCUGGGCAUCAUGGCUAUUGAGAUGGUUGAGGGAGAGCCUCCAUACCUCAAUGAAAAUCCUCUGAGGGCUUUGUACCUGAUAGCAACAAAUGGAACUCCUGAACUUCAGAAUCCAGAGAAACUUUCCCCAAUAUUUCGGGAUUUCUUAAACCGGUGUUUGGAGAUGGAUGUGGAGAAGAGGGGUUCAGCCAAAGAACUGUUACAGCAUCCCUUCCUGAAACUGGCCAAACCAUUAUCUAGCUUGACGCCACUGAUCCUGGCAGCUAAAGAAGCAAUGAAGAGCAACCGCUAACGUUGUCACUGAAGCCUCGUAUUCUUCUGUCCAUUUUCUAAAAGAAGUUUUCUAAAACAUGAAAUUGUUACUCUGAGGGGUGUAAAGACAGUCUGCAUCACAUGGAGAAAACAAGCAAACUACUAUUUUCUAAAGAUGACCAAGAGAAAAUUGCAGUGAGAGAAUUAGGACUUCAGAUGAACCCCUGCUGUAGGGUCCAAAAGGAAUCGUGGACUGCAUUGCUAGCCUUACAUUUCCAGCAGACAGCGCUUGACGUUUGCGUACUGUUCUGAUGACUGCCACUACAGUAGAUCUGUUUGUUGUCUCCUUUGGGGUGUUUCCAUACUUGAAUGGCAGAUUCGAGGUGUCUGAGUAUUUCAUCUGCUGGUCUUCUCUCUCUCUCCUCUGUAGCCUUCCCUUCUCUGACCCGUUCCUUUUGAGUUUUUCUCGUGCCUAAAUUCAAGGCAAGUGUGAUAGGAACUAUGUAGCUCUUUAUAUUGGCAAAGGAGCUUGACAUGUUUUAACUUUUUAUAGACGUUAGGACCAGCUGUUGUACAUGUAGUAGUUCAGUUUAGAGCUUAAACUGAAAGGGGGAAAGUAUGUGAUUUUUACCUUUUUUAACAAAUGUGAAAGAGUCAACUUUAGAAAUUUCAUGGUAGUGAGUUUGACAUUUGUUACAUGUAUAGAAAGAGGACUAAUAAUCUAUAUUUAUAACUAAAUCAUUGAUACAGAGAAAAUCCCACUGACUGUAUGUUCUUACCAUUUUUGUCUUUUCUGCCUGUUUCUCCAGAUUUGGCUUUAGGAACCAAAGUGAUCUGUUGUUCUUCCGCUCCGGCUUUACGCCUCUGGUGCCGCCCCUUCCCUCUCUUCCCUUGGAAAUGAGUGUCUGUAUAUGUUGCGAUUCUAGGUGUCGGCUUUUGUUUGAAUCAACCCUUAUUUCAUAUACACCCCUCCACCCUCUAGGGCAAGUAAUAACCAUUGAAUUUUCAGAAUUUAAAAGCUAAGAACUUUUUUCUAUUUAAAGGAAAAGUAUUUGGGAGUAGCAAAAACCAAGAGCGAUUUGAACCUUGCUCAGUUCCUGGCUAGUUGUAACAAUGAAAUGUUCAUGUUGUAGAGAUGAGGCUCGCGGCAGUAGCCUGUAAAGACUCACCUGCUUUACAGUGUUCCCAACCCAUUAUCAAUGUUUUACUGUGAGAGAUGAAAUAGCAAAGCACGUGGCGGGUCAUUUGAGGUGUUGGGGGUACUUGAGUUUUUGUUUUUCCGGAUGAGUAGAGUAUUGACGUAAAAAACUGGAGAAAGAAAACCGCAAUGUGCGUAUUGAUAGUACUACUUUUAUUUUAAAGAUUUAAUGAAAGGUCUGCGACCUGUAGCAUUAGCUGUUAGCCGGCCCUCCCCUCCUGUCUUUCCUCUGCUUCUCCUUAUUGCGUUGUUGUUUGGCCUGUGGAGGAGGACUUGUCCGUUCUGCGUUCCUGGGGCCACAGAAGAGAAAGCAGUGUGGUUGGUUCAGGUGCCUGUCCCCACCGUCCCCUUUCGAAGAACUUAACACAGGCUUGCCACUCUGCACAGUAGAGAUCAUGAUUGAAUAAGUUUGCUCUUGGGGAUACUUGGGAAAAGGGUCAGAGUUUCAUUUCCUGUUGUGCCCAUUAAGAUAUGGGGAAAAGCUGGGCGGUGGUGGCGCACGCCUUUAAUCCUAGCACUUGGGAGGCAGAGGCAGGUGGAUCUCUGUGAGUUCAAGGCCAGCCUGGUCUACAAAGAGAGUUCCAGGACAGCCAAGACUGUUACACAGAGAAACCUUGUCUUGAAAAACCUAAAAAAAAAAAAAAACAAACAAACAGGGAUAAGAGGAGGUCUCUGGGGUUCUCAUAAUGAAAAGGUUUUCAGUGAAACUCAACAUCUAGAGCACUUAAUGACCUAUUUUCCAUGUGAUUUCAUUUUUUCUGUACUAUAUUUGGCCUUCUACAACUGUCACUAAAUUACAGAAACAAACUGGUUGAUUUCUGGUGGGAUGCUGUGGUGCCCCUUGAGUUCCAGAUGUGAGUAUUGUUUGUAAACAGUUGUCUGGAUAGAUUAUGAUGGUGAUGCUGCCGACAAAGGAGAUGAUGGAACUGGGUGUCUGUCUCAUGACUGCUCAGGAAGGCACUCCAUCCUAAGUCAUAGAGACUACCUGUGACAUAUGCCAGUGCCCCACCUUAUGCUGGGACUCCACAGGGCUUUCCCUCAACAGAAGCAGUUUGGGGUUUGUAGUUACAGUUUCUUGGAUGGUUAUUUGCACGUCCAUUGCUGGCAACGGACUCUGUCACUCAGACCUGACUCCGAGGUUAAGGGAGCUGCACUGCUGUUUAUUCUCUCCUGACCUGGACAGACUAACCUGUACUAGUUAAUAGUAAUGGUUCAUUUGAGAUGUGUCAUUUUUAAACAAAUAAUCUUUAAAGCAAUAGAGAAUUGUGAUUUAUUAGUUAAUUUUAAAUUAAAAUGUUGAGAUCUUGUUGAAAGACAA